AUGGUCUUCGCUCCUCGCUGUCCUGUGGACAUGGAGCCCUGUCCUGGGCUCUGCCCCUUCCAGAUAGGGCUGACAGGAAAUGCUUCAGCCGAGGCUGCCCCGCCCGGGCAACUUCCCCGGGCUCUAGGACUUUGCCCACACUGGGCUCUACGCAGUCGAUACAGGGGAGAACGGGGUAAGCCUCCUCCGGCCGGGUUUCCUGCUCUUGGCCACUUAAAGUGCUUCACUCAUUCCAACACACACCGCCUUCCGCACGCCGCCGGGACAUGCACGCAGGCGCAGAUUCGCGGCCACACACCGGACAGUCACACACCGGGCCGCCAUCCCCGCGCGCGCUCGCCCCUCCUCAGCGCAGCACCGCACGCUCACUAUGUAUGGGCACUCACAGCCACCAGGCCACACGCGCACGCUCACGCCCGCCGCCCACACAGGAACCAGGACACCGCCCCCGCCGCGCCCCAGUCCAGCCUCGGCCGCUGCCCCGCCCAGACCUCCCUUCUCCUCAGCAACCGGCGGGACGUGCACUCGCCCGGCUUUGGGUCCUUUCCGGAAGUGGGCGUGUCCUCCGCCGCAAUAGCCCCUGGGAAGUGUAGUCCCGAACGGAGGCGGCGUUCAGAAAUCGGGCGCUGGCUUUGCCAGGAGCGGCUCCUCUCCAAGCCUGGCGGUCACUGCCCUGUGUCCCCUUUGGGGCCUCUCCUGGUCCUCCUGGUUGGAUUAGGAGGCCUCUCAGCCCGGAGUCUGGGUCGCCGAAGUACAGGCCCCUUCACUGAAGCGACCCACGGCGCAGGGGUUUCUGGAAGCCAUCGCCAGGCUCCGAGUGUUCAGAUGCAGCUGCCAGGCUCAGGACGCAGAGAACUGGCUUCCAGCUCGCAGGCGCCUGUCCGUGGUGGGUAGGGUCGCAGGCGUGGGGUGUGCAGGAGCAGUGGGACAGCACUGAAACGCAGUCGGAAGAGACACUGCGGUGUGCAGGCACAGGGAAAUGGCCACGUGAGGACACAGAGAGAAGACAGCCAUCUGCAAGCCAAGGAGAGAGGCCUCAGGAGAAACCAAACCUGCAGGCACCUUGAUCUUGGACUUCCAGCCUCCAGAACCUUGAGAAAAGAAAUUUCUGUUGUUUAAGACACCCAUUCUGUGGUAUUUGUUCUGGCAGCCCUAACAAACUAAUAUAGGGAUCUAAAGAUUCCUUGUCUUCAUUUUGACUAAGAGACUAUAAACUCAGAACUGUGGAGAUCUAGUUAGGUAUUGUACAGCUAGCCUCAUUCUGUCUUAAACUCCAGGUAAAAGAGAAAAAUAUGGAGACAGCCCCUGACUUUGGAGAACUUGCAGUUUUGUGGAGGUGAAAGGAGGCAGCCACCAGAAAAACCCCUGACAUCAAUUCAAAACUAUAAAUAACAAAGACUAACUUGUUCUAUGCACAACAGGUACUACAGCACUGUCCAACAUAGGGACAUUUGAGUGGCCUGAAGCAGCACAAGAACGGGGCAGUAAACUUGAGAUGAACCUCAAAGCAUCAAUAUUAUUCAUGACUAAACUGGGUUCUAAGAAUUUCUAUUUUUACUCUCAGUGUUCAGUAGAGGUCAUUAAAAAAAAAUCUAGCAAUUUUCUAAAAUGAAUAUGUAAUAAGAAUGAAAAACAAAAGGCACUAUAAUGUUUUUAAUUAAUGAAAUGCCUUUACAAACCAAGGUGCCAUCUUGGAGAAGCUAGGCAUUAUGAGGAGGUAUCAGGAGCACAUUUGCUAACAGCUUGGCAUGAGCAGGAUUUUCUUGACCAACUGGCAAGAUGGGGCUGCUCAGCUCCUGCUGGCAGAUUUUUAUGGAGCAUAGUUUUACAAAUUCAGCCUACAACUCUGAUACGUUCCAAUGUAUUUUAAACAUCUAUUCAGUUGCAACUCUAAUCCCAGGAACCUGUGGCUAACAGAAGGCAGAUUUAACUGACUAGCAGCUAUGGGAUUUUCAAAGUCUAAACUGAAAUGAACAUGCGAAACAGUUGGACUACCCCAAAAGCUGAAUUACAAUUCCAGCACUCACCAGCUCUGAAACCUCACCUGGUUACCUAACGCCUCUGUGCCUCAGUUCCCCAGCUAUAAAAUGGAAAAGGCAACAAUACCAACCUUGUAGAUUAUGUUUUGGAUUAAAUGAGGCAACACAUACACAGCACUUAGAACGUGCAAGGCACAAUGGAAGCAUGCAGUGAACAUGACUUGUAAUGAUGCUGACUGUCAUAACUCUCAUUCAUAGGGAUGCUGCCUCUGCUUGUCACCCUUGACCUAUAUAUUUUCAGGCAGUCCUCACCCAGUCCCCAUUUGUGUGUUCUAGAUAGAAAAGGCCCCAUACUAUGAAAUGACUACUGUCCUUCUGCAUGAAGCCUGGUGAACCUGAUAAUGUAACCUUCAAGUUCCCUUACUGAGCCUUGAGCUCCCUUCAAAGUAUCCAAGCCAACCCUGUCUUGGGAAACUCACCUAGAUAAUGCCUUGAACCCCAAUAAAGGCUCCAGCCCACAGGUCCCUCCCUCUCUCUUGGUCCCCACCCUUUGGCUGGGCAUGUGUGUCCUCAAUGUCUCCAAGCCCUUCCAGUAAGCCCUGCAAGGUGUGCUGGCCACUGUUCUCUGGAAUCUGUGAGUAAUAAACAAUCUUUUUGCCA